AUGCCGGUAUGUGAACUUCUUAAUGGAGAUAUGCAUAUGACCUCAAAGAAAAGAAGGCUUGUAAUGCGUGACAAUUUGGUAUAUCGUCUCCAGGAUCUGAAAUUCAACUGGCAAAUUGUUGUUGGUAGCAUAAUUGGAUUUUUUGGAUCAUCUUUUGGAAGUGUUAGUGGCGUUGGUGGUGGUGGGAUAUUUGUCCCCAUGCUUACUCUGGUUAUUGGAUUUGAUCCAAAAUCGUCAGCUGCUAUUUCAAAAUGUAUGAUCAUGGGAACUGCAGUCUCGACUGUUUACUACAAUCUUAAGCUCAAGCAUCCUACUAUUGACAUUCCAAUUAUCGACUAUGACUUGGCUGUUCUCAUCCAACCCAUGCUUAUGCUAGGCAUUAGCAUCGGAGUCGCUUUCAAUGUGAUAUUUGCUGAUUGGAUGGUCACUCUUCUGUUAAUUGUUCUCUGUAUCGGCACAUCAACUAAGGCCUUUUUCAGAGGAGUUGAAACAUGGAAGAAAGAAACCAUUGUUAAAAAGGAGGCUGCAAAGCGAUUAGAGGCAGAUGGUAAUGGUACAGAAAAAGCAGAGUAUAAGCUUCUUCCAGGAGGCCCUAGCAAUAGCAGAGAAAAUGAGGCCAAAUGCUUGGCAAAACCCAGGGUCAGUAUCCUUGAGAAUGUUCGUUGGAAGGAACUUGGAUUUCUUAUCUUUGUUUGGAUGGCAUUUCUUGCACUACAGAUCAUCAAGAACUAUACAGCUACAUGUUCAGCAAUAUACUGGGUACUGAACUUGCUACAGAUCCCCGUCUCACUUGGUGUAUCUGGCUAUGAAUCAAUUUGCCUGUACAAGGGAUGGAAAAAAAUUGCAUCCAAGGGAGAUGAAUGCUCCAACUUGAAAGUUCACCAAUUGAUAACCUAUUGCUUGUUAGGCGUACUGGCUGGUAUGAUAGCUGGCCUACUAGGUGUGGGAGGUGGAUCUAUCAUGGGUCUGCUAUUUUUGGAAUUAGGCGUUCCACCUCAGGUUUCAAGUGCGACAUCCACCUUUGCUAUGAUGUUUUCCUCUUCAAUGUCUGUGGUUGAAUAUUACCUUCUAAAACGUUUUCCAAUUCCAUAUGGUAAGUGCAUGUCCAACUAAGAGUGCAAUUCUUGCGAAUUAAAUGGUACUUAACAGAGCUUUAUGUUCUUAUUUAGUAUUAUGUACCAAAGAUGCACCAAAUAUACGUGAACUUUUAUUGGUUCUAAU